AUUACUGGGAUCACAGGCUUUCGAUUUGUAGCCAGGCUUCUGCAAUCUUUCGACAGUGUGUCCGUUCUAGUGUUCCGGCUUCGCCCGGGUCAGUUUCAGGGCAAGAGCGGGGAGGGGAGCACUUAGACAGAGUGUGGGUCUGAGGCAGACAUCCCGAGGGACGGAGAGUCACACAGAGAGGGUGAGCGUGACAAGAUAGGCAUUGUGCGAGGGGACAGUAACAGACACAGCGAGCGAGAGGCAGGAAGGGGCAGAGAGAGAAAGAGAAAGAGAGUCAGUUUGUGUGUGUCUGUGUGUGUGUAAGAGAGAAAGCGGCAGGCAGGGAGAAUCAUUGAGAUAGUAACAGUGACAGACACGCACACAGGCAGAGAGACAGAUAGAGACAAACAAAGGAGAAGUAGAGAGACCCCAAGCCAGAAAAAGUGGCGGUCGAAGAGGGGGUGACAGACAAAGUUACAUAGAGAGAGAAGGAUAGUGUGUGAGAGUAAUAGAUACAAAGACAGGCAGGCAAAUAGAGGGGGAGGGAGAGAGAGUGUCUGAUUCAGGCAUACUGGUGGUCAAAGCCGGAUAUAGACACAGAGAGUGGGACGACCAGAGACUGAGAAGCAAACAGAGACUCGGAAAUAAACGGGAGGAAGAAGUAAUAGUGGGAGGAAUGAAAGACAUUUGGAUGUAAAGAAGGCAGAUGAAUGUUGGGGAGAUGAGGGGAAGAGGAGAUUGGGAAGCAGGGGCAAUCUGGGUCUGGGAGAGCAGAAGCCUGGACUGGAAGAAGCCAUGGACUGACUGAGGAGUUAGGUUGGAAAGAGUGUGUUCUGGUGCAGAACCCGGAAUACAACUUCGUACUGAGGCCAGUGACACCUAUUGUUUGUUUGGAAAUGGCUCCACAACUCGUGACCUGCAGUUUGGUUAUUGCUUAAUCAGUUUGCCUGGCUCGCAUUGUGGAUGAUUACAUGUUGGUGCUUGUUAGCUUUUCUCUUAAGCUGUUUCCAGAGUGACUGACCUGGAAGUGCUUGAUGCUAACACUUUGUUCAGGAAAUUGAGUGUAUGAAUCCCUUAGCAUUGACCUCCAUUGGCUUGAGCUGAAAAGAUCGAAAAUUAAACUGAUACAAAAUGCCUUGGUCCCUUUCAAUCUUUGCUGUGUACAUAUUGACCUGUAUUGUUGCAACGGUAACUCAUCGGCUCAGCGCAUCUGGACAAUGCAUGGACUGGGAUGUGGAUAAUGUCGCCGAAGUGAAGGCCUACAGUGAGGAGCCAGUGAGGGUUAGCUGCCCCCUCUUCCUGGCCCACUCCAAGUUAAGCUACAGCAUGGCCAAUGACUCAGGACUAACACUAGUGUGGUAUAAAACCAGAGAAAAUGGAGAGCUGGAAGAGCUGAUAGACUUUGACCAAGCAGGGAAUCGAAUCACAAAGAAGCUGGAAGUGCUGUGGUUUUGGCCAGUGUUUGCUAAUGAUUCUGGGAACUACACCUGCAUGUUGAGGAACACCACCUAUUGUCUCAAGGUGGCUGUACCCCUUCUGGUCAUUCAGAAAGGACACAAUGUUUGCAACAGCAGUAAGGAAAUGAUUUUCCCUGUUCAGUUGGCUCUUGGAGAAACCAAAAUCUUGAGCUGUCCAGACACUACUGAGUUUGCCAAGUCUUCAGUCAGCUCAACAGUCGCCUGGUAUGCAAAUGAGGCCCCUUCGGAAUACCACUCAAAGGACCAGUGUCAGGGGUGUUGUAGAGUUGAGAAUGUGGUGGACAUGGUGAGAGAGAUUGAGGGUAAACUGGUAUUCUCAAUUGUAAGAGAAUACCACAAAGGAGAAUACACUUGUAUCACAACAAUGACACAAGGGGAACGGCCUUACAGUCUGACCAGAACCGUCAUCGUCUCGAUUUGUGCUAGCCAACAGGAACUGAAGGCACCGGUUUUAAUUUUGCCAAAGUUUGAUCAACAGAUUAAAGUGGAACAUGGUCAGGAAGUAAAUUUAACAUGUAGGAUGUACUUCCAUUGUAUCCAGAAUUCACCCACAAAUCUCUGGUGGACUGUCAAUGGACAACAUGCAAAGGACCUAACUCCAGCAAUAAAAAUAUUUCAGAGUGAAGAGUUGUUGAAGCUCAAGGACAAAGUCAUUACAAACACAAUAAGCAUCAAAAUCAUGACCUCUAGUGACCUCCAAAGGAACUACACCUGCUUUGGACAAAACAGCAAAGGCCUGACCAGUGUACAAGUGACUUUAGCCUGGAAAGCUCCUAAUUAUGCAGUCGAACUUGGAUGUGCCUUUGGAGUUACGCUGUUGAUACUGGUCACUUCAGUCAUUGUCUACCACUUUUGGUGGAUCGAGAUCAUAUUGCUUUACCGACUGUACUUUGGAGCCGAUGAGACAGUGGGAGAUGGGAAGGAGUUUGAUGUCUACAUGUCGUACGCAAGGAAUUCCAAAGAAGAGGAGUUUGUCCUCACCACUCUGCAAUCUGUUCUAGAAAAUGAAUAUGGAUACAAAGUCUGUAUCUAUGACCGGGAUAGUUUGCCUGGUGGAAUCAUUACAGACGAGACAUUGGCUUGUAUUUGGAAAAGCAGGAGGCUGUUGGUGGUGCUGAGCCCAAAUUACCUGGUGAAUGGGACACAGGCUCUUUUAGAGUUGAAGGCUGGCAUUGAGCGCAUGGCCAGCACUGGGCAGAUCCGAGUUAUAUUGGUGGAGUUCAUCCCAGUGAAGAAAGUCCACCACGUGGCAGAGCUGAGGAGACUGAAGGCGGUGAUGGCAACCAUCAAGUGGGAAGGGGAGAGGUCACAAGAUCCCACGAGCCGAUUCUGGAAGCAGCUCCGGGUUGCCCUUCCCACGAAAAGAAAAACACAGAGGUCUGAAAGGAAGAGCAGGAGGUCAGCAUGUGACAAUUGUGACUCACUGCUCCAAGAUGGAAAAUUGCCCAAUCCUUCUGUUUCCAAGAACUGCGCGCUUGCCAACAAAUGUCUUAAUAUCCAUGAUUUAAAGAGCAAACAAUGACUUAACAAUUGUUGAAUACUCUACAAAAGAAGCCAAAUCCCCCAUGUGUUGAACAUUAAUUUCUUAUUUAACAAUAAAAUUCUUCCCAUAGACAAUGCUCCUUUUCAAAGAUUCCGAAAUGGUACAAAUCCGGGGAUAAGUGAAUGGAACAAAGUUUAAAGAUCAAAUCUUCAAACUGCCGUCAUACCAUUUGUAAUAUAUAGCUUACCGGUGGCAGUAUAGUGAGGAGGUGGAAUUGGAACUAAUGUCCUGUGCAUAUUUUGUUCCAAUCUCCUUCUGUCUUACCAAGCACAGCAAAGACAAGCGUUCCUUUGCAGCAUUAUCCAAAAGAUUUGACUUCUAAAGGGCAUUUGAUCCCGUGCUCCCUGAAUUUUCAAUUGUGUCCUCGCUUUCACUAUGUUCUUGUUGUUUGCCAGUCUCUAAGUAGACCAGUAAUCCUGCCAGCAUUUGCUUUUUUGUCCAAUGACAUUGUAGAAAUUCAACCAGCCAAACACAUUUCAGAAGUCUGCCUCUGCCUCUUCAAGUUGACUGUUAAAUGAAUUUGAUUCUGGAACCAUCUCUGAUGGAAAUGACCUUCAUGUUCCACCAAAGUGUUGCCAUCAUGAUUGUUCUUCCCUAUACCUGACUUGACACUGUAGAGUACUAGCACAGUGUUGAGGAAUACAUUCGGGAAAACCUCCCCUCCUUGUCUUCCUGUUGAUGUUCCUGAUGUCUCUGAUGUGGCUUCCAGCGCAAUUCAGGCAUGAUAUGAAGGACAGCAAAAGAACCACAGUAGAAGCAUGUGAAUGAUGCUUUCCCUCUUGAGCCAUCACUCCAUUGCCCUACAGUUGUUCCCCCCCUCCACCACUCUGUGUCUGUGUUUCUGCUUUCCACAUUUCAACAAGGUGGAGACAAUUCACGGUGUUUUGGUGUUGCCUGCUGAACGAAAUCAGAAAGGAGAUAGGAGAAUUGGACCGGGUCAGAAUUAAACCUUUGUUCAAGGAUGGAGAGAGGUCAAAUGACAAUAGUUGAAUUUGUUGGUCAAAUGUCAGCUGUGGUUACGUUCUCAUAAUCUCUAACUGGACAGAUAACAAGUAUGUUUAAAAGUGGGUGGAGUUUCAGUUUUGGAAUUUGAAUUUCCAGUCCUCUGAAGAUUUUUGAUGGUUUGCUAAUGUCAUACUGCUUCAGCUAAGCCAGGAACUCAAGGGGUGAUCUUCACCAGCAGGCGGGGACUGUGUAUUAUAGGCAGAGGAGCCAAUUGCUUCUUAGUGAAAUAGUGGAACAGAAAUUAAGCCCCUUGAGGACUUUCUGGCUCAUUGAAUAGAAAGGUUCCUACUAUAAAUGGUAGGCAAUGGGAAAUGGUUUAGAGGGAACCCAAAAAACAAAGGAAUGGUGUCUAGUUGAAUUGGCAGCCUUCUUAGCCCAAUGCGAGUGGAAUUCCUGGAGAUCAAACUAAUGGCAUCCUUUUUUUUUGAAUAAUCAAAUAAGACAAGUGAACAUGAUGGAUUUGGCCAGUUUCUGGCAGAUGAUCUGCUGGUGGACCAUAAGCAAGGCCUCCUUGUCAAAGAAUAAUUUGCUGGAAAAGCUCGGCAGAUCUGGCAGCAUCUGCGGGGGGAAUAAAUCAGCGUUAACAUUUCUGGUCCCGUAACCUGUUCUGAGGAAGGGUCACCGGACCCGAUGCGUUAGCUCUGACUUUUUUUUUCUCCACAUAUGCUGCCAGACCUGCUGAGCAUUUCCAGCAACUUCUGGUUUUUGCACCUUGCCACUAAGCUGCUGAAAAUCGAAUUCAAAUUAUUUAGCCAAUGAGAUUAAUAUUUGUUGUAGUAACUGGGACAGUGUGGCGCCAAUGGAGACAGAGGAGUACACUUGCUAUUCACUGUCAACUCUGGGUCACAGCAAAAAAUAAAAAGUUAUGAAAACGGGUAAUUAAGUAUAUUAUCUCAACCAAUCAUAAUGUUGGAAGAACACAAUUUUUGGUUAUACUAUCAAAACCAAUCUUAUUCAGUAUGGCUGGUACCAGGUCUGACAUGACUGACGGUUGUUUAGCCUGAGGGUCAUCAUGCCUCAAGUGAGGGGGAAGGUUGAAAAGGAGAGCACUUUAUGGUAACCUCAGCCAGCACAGGAACUGAACGCCAGCUGUUUGCAUCACUUAAACAGCCAGCUGAGCUUCCUGAUUUCCCUUACAGCUAUUCAAUGAAGAUGCAACAAUUGAGUACCAUAUUGAGUCAGUAAUAUAGAAGUAUGUAUGCCUUUCAAUAGCCCCAAAAUAUGAGCUUCUCGUGAAAGGAAGAGAAAAAAAAAAACACAUUCCUCUGCAGAGGUUGAUUGUCUGAAAGAAAAGUGCUUUGGCCCAUGAGUUAUUCUUGAGAAAGAAUAGAUAAAACAUACAGUGUCACAAAGUCUGUGCCUCUGAUGUUUUUAUUUGUGCAGCCAAGUCAUUAAUCAAGCACAGUUGACUCUGCGGGUCCUUCAGACAAAGCUUGCUCAGAAAAUACAGAAUCGAGGUAGUCCUUUCAGUCACUCUCCAAACAGCAGAUAUGUCUCGCCCUGAAUGCAAUAGGAAUCUUUGCUUUUCAGGAAUGGGAACAAUCAGCUAGACACAGUCGUCACCACCCCAGUUACUUCUGAUACCCAAGGCACUGUCCAUCCCGUCAAAGUUCAAGCAGCUACAGGAUCUACAGUAAAGCAAGCUGUUCUCACCAGUCUCAGGAACUCAAGGAAGCCUUGUUUAAGAAAAAAAUCUAAUGUUUGCAGUGAAUUUUCCGUAACCUCUUUUUUUUUAACUUUCAAAAUAAACCACAAAAAAGGUUCAUUCUAAGCAUUUUCACAUCUUAGAAAUGAGUUUAUUUUUUACACAAUACUUCAUAUGGAGCAUCUGAAUAAUGUGGAUUAUUAUUUUAUUUGCUAUAAGAUGUGACGUUGAAUUUGAGACUUGCCAUGAAUAUUGCACUCCUUUUGGUUCACUUAACAAUUGUAAAGUAACCAGUUGGUUGAUAUUUAUGUGUGACCACAGAGCACUGAAUCAUUAGUUAACUGUCGGUGAUUUGGCGGGUUGGCUUUGUGAGCUUGCAGUGUUAGUUUAAGUAAUAAUUUUAUCCAGACCGGGUGAGGUUGGUGGACAUUAGUGAACCAGAUGAGUUUUGUGAUAAUUGACAAUGCUUUCCCUGUAACAUUGCUGAGUUGAAUUUUAUGUUCCAUAUUUGUUCAUCCAAUUUAAAUGUCACCAGCUGUCAAUGGUGUAAUUUGGACUGACAUCCCAAGAGAGUUUGAAAUAAUGGGAACUGCAGAUGCUGGAGAA